UCUAUCUCACACAAAUUAACUUUUUAUUUGCAUUGACAUUUUACACUAAACAUUUUAUUGAUAUUUCUUUGCCUCUUUUGUAAUCCGAAAUCAUACUUUAUGGGGCUAGACAGGCCUAGUUGCUAAACUUUUAUUCUGAAAUGUUGUUGCUAAGUUGUAACUUCCGGUUUCUGCUGUCGCUAAUGUAACACACUUGUGUUGAUGAUACAAGAUCCGAAGCCGGUGUUUUUGUUAAUUUCUUCUGAAGUUGACGCUGUUGGCCUUCACAAUGGCUCAAGAUCUCCUGUCUGUGGAUUAUGAAGUUUUCGGGAGGGUACAAGGGGUGUUCUUUCGAAAGUAUACCCAGAAAGAGGGUCUCCAGCUGGGUCUGGUGGGCUGGGUGAUGAACACUGAGGCCGGUACGGUGACGGGACAGCUCCAGGGGCCGGCUGAGCGGGUCAGGCAGAUGCAGGAGUGGCUGAGGAGCACGGGGAGCCCCAAGUCCCACAUCACCAAGGCCGAGUUCACCAACGAGAGGAGCAUCGACGCCCUGGAGCACAAAGACUUCAAAGUCAGACGCUAACUAACUAACUAAGCCAAUUGGUGGUUCUCAACGGACACCUCCUUGACCUCAUCAUAGGCCUGCCAACGCCCCCCCUUGACAUCGUCAUAAGCCUGACAAAGCCCUCAACACCACGCUAAACUGGGGGGCGUUUCUUGAAAGCAUAGUUGUUGGCCAGUUAGCAACUUGUGUAGUUGCCAAAGGGAAAUUGCAUUGCAAACAACAAAGUAGCUAAUGUAGUUCGCAACUAUGGUUUCGAGAAAUGCACCCCUGGUGGACUUCAGAGUGAGCCGCUAAAUUGAUGAGCAGAAGAACAACGUUGCACAAUGAUGGGCAACCUGAAUUCAGAAGCUUAGAAUCCAGUCCAGUGCCACAGAUUCCAAAUGACCUGGUUUUACCAGUCCACAUGCCUAAAUUGAGCAGGUAAAACUAGGUAGGUAAUUUGGAAUAUGUGGCACUGGAUUGUAAGCUUCUGAAUCCAAGUUGAGUUCACCAACGAGAGGAGCGUCGACCCCCUGGAGCAACUGAUGAGCAUCGAGGUCUUGGAUCCCAAGGGGGCC